AUGAACCACAACUCAAUUGAGGUAUUGCUGGUAGAGGACAACAUCAACGAUGCAGAACUGACGCUGCGGGAAUUGAAAAAGCACCACCUGGCCAAUGCCUGCUACCAUGCAAAAGAUGGGGAGGAAGCGCUUGAUUUUAUUUUUGCCACCGGCAAAUUUGCCGGCCUCAGAAGUAUUGGCGCGCCACCCAAGCUGGUGCUGCUGGACAUCCAGAUGCCAAAAAUAAAUGGCAUAGAAGUACUGGAAAAGAUUAAAGGAGAUGAGCGUACCAAAACCACGCCGGUAGUGAUGCUUACUUCUUCCAAGGAAGAUCCCGAUAUCCAAAAAUGCUAUAAGCUGGGCGCCAACAGCUACAUUGUAAAACCGGUAAAUUUUGAAAGCUUUACCCAGGCAAUAAAAAAUAUUGGCUUUUACUGGCUGCUACUGAAUCAAGACCCUCAUUAA